AUGCAACCCUCCAAUAACUUGCAAAUUUUGAUCAAUGCUCCAAGUUAUUUGGACUAUCUGAUUUGGAACUUAUCGCAUCUCGACGUUCAAAUAAUAAAACUACGAAAUUCGACCUAUAAUCCAUUAAUAUUCCCAAGUUUCGAGCAGCUUUUAGAUGAUCCAAGUGUUCUGAACUUGGCUUCAAAGUUGAAGGUAUAUUUAUUUUUAUAUUCAGAAUAUUUUUUUUUGUCAAAUUCAUGUUGAUAUUUCAGCCAAUGCCAAAUUGGCCUUUGAGUUUGCGAGAAUUCGGAGAAAAACAAGAUCAACUCAACAAAGCUUGUUUGAUCAAUUCAAAUCAACAAUUUCUAGAUAUUUCUAUAAACACGUAAGUAUACAUAAUGGGAAACACUAGUAAAAAAAGAAUCAAAUAGAGAUUACAGAAAACAGUGGAUCAAACUCGACAUAAUGUUAGCGAUUGAAUACUUGAAAACAUUUGAAUUUUUCAAAUUGUUAAAAUACAGUGAUCGGGAUAUUCUAUCGAAACAUGUUGCAAUGAUUAUUCAAACAAUGACAGUUUCUUUCACAUCAUUUCAAACUAAUUCAGAUUGUUUCAAAACUCCCGAUGGAUGGUUUAUUAAUAUACAAGAUUCGUGAGUAUUUGAAAAUUCAAAUUAGAUUUUACUUCAUUUUUUCCUGUUUUUUUUCAGAAUGGAUUUUUUUGACUCAAUUACCGAUGGAAAAAUAAGGUGAGAUUACCAAUAUUAAUCAAUAAUUAUAAUAACUACAAAAAACCACUAUUUUCAGCAAAAAUUCCUCAUGCACUCAAUCAUUUUUGAAAUCGUCUCAAAAUGUCAUGGGAUUUCUGAUUCGCGAAAAACUCACGAGUACCGAAUACAUUCUACUGAAAGCAAUUGCAAUUUGUGAUCCAAUAAUUGAAUUAUCAGAAGAAGGACGGAAAAUUGUUUGGAAAACUCGUCGAAACUAUUCAAAAACAUUAUUCAAAUAUUGCGAAACUGAAUAUGGAAAAAGAAAUGGGCCAUCGAGAUUCGCAACACUUUUAAGUUAUAUCAACUUAGCUAUUUAUCAUCAAAAAAAUUUGAGGAAUUUUAUGAGUUUUUUAAGAAUGCAUUUAAUUUAUAAAUUCCCUAAGACUCUUACUUCUUUAGAAGAUUCUGCUAUCCAUAAUGAAAGUUGA